AUGGCCAGAAAACUCAAAGGAAAGACCCUCUCAACCAAGGGGCUCAAAGGUGCAUUAGUCCGUCAUUUCCAUAAAGAGCAACAUCACCAAAAACUAACAAAAAAUGCCGAAAUCCAAUCCCAAAACGAAAUCAAUAAACAAAAAUCCAUAAAAUCAACCAAGAAACAAAAACAAAACACCCUAAAACAAACAGCCCAACAAAAAGGUCUUAUACCAUUUUCUCAAGAUGAUAGGGUGUUACUUAUCGGAGAAGGGGAUUUCUCAUUCGCAAAAUGCUUAAUCUCCCAAGGAUUCUUAUUACCCCAAAACCUAAUUGCGACCAGCUAUGACUCCCUCGAGGUCCUCGAAGCGAAAUAUCCAACUAUCCAAACCAAUCUCACUGAGCUCGCUGAAGAAGGAGUCAAAAUCAUUCAUGAAGUCGAUGCCACAAACCUAAUCACCAGUUUAAAACUUCCUUCCAAACAGCGUAAGAAGUCUAAGAAUUUGGUUGAAUUAUUCCCAGGGGGACACAAAUUGAAUUAUGUGAUGUUUAAUUUCCCUCAUACCGGAAGGGGGAUAAAGGAUAUGGAUCGAAAUAUCCAGGAUCAACAGAAAUUAAUCUUACUGUUUUUCCAAAAUGUGAAAGAAUUGUUUGAGGUUGUGAAUUCGGAUUUAAAGAAUGAUUUCGCGGGAUAUUUGGGAAGUACUGGGGAAAGCAAGAGUGGUGAUGGAAAGAUUAUCUUAUCGUUAUUUGAAGGGGAGCCGUAUAAUUCCUGGGGGGUGAAGAUUCUUGGCAGGAGUGAGGGAUAUAAAGUAGAGAAAUCGGGGAGGUUUGAUUGGAAGAUGUUUCCUGAAUAUCAUCAUCGAAGGACUAAUAGUAUGCAAGAUACAUCCAAACCCGCGGCAGAAAGAGAUGCUAGAAUGUAUGUUUUUGAGAAGUUUGAGAAGGUAGAGAAUAAGAAACAGAAGGAAGAUGAUUCAGAUUCUGAUUAG